AUGGUAAAUCCAUUUACAAAUGGAGGAUCUGGUUUAAUUAGCAUUUUACCCUUAGAUAAUAUUCCUGUUGAUAUUCCAAAUUCAUGGAAAUACAAGCCAACUUGUAUGCCAGUUGAGUACAAAAGUCGAGCGGAGGCUUUUGCUAAUUUCAAAGUUCGCAAAGACGAUAUCUGGAUCGUAACAUAUCCAAAAUGUGGAACUACAUGGACACAAGAAAUGACAUGGAUGUUAAUGAACGAUUUGAAUUUUGAUGAAGCCAAAUCAGUGGACAUAACACAAAGAAGCAUUUAUUUUGAACUUGAAGGUAUGAUUCCGACAGACGAAUGGAAGCACUUUGAUUUAUUGAAUGAGCAAAAAUCCCCAAGAGUAAUAAAGUCCCAUUUGCCAAUUAGUUUACUCCCCAGGGACAUCUGGCGGAAAAAGUGCAAAAAUUCUAACGACAAUAUGAUUUAUUCAUCCUAUUGGAAUCAUGUUCUUGACUUUUGGUUAAUUCGAGGGCAACCAAAUAUUCUCUUUUUAACUUUUGAAGACAUGAAAAAGGAUUUAAGGACAGUUCUAGAAAUAACAUCAGAAUUUGUGAAAAAGGAUUACACAGAAAAACAAAUUUGUUCACUGAUGGAACAUUUGUCAUUUGAUAAUAUGAAAAAAAAUCCAACAUGUAACAAUCAAGGUUUGGUAAAGGCUUUAUAUUCCGUUAGAGACUUUGAAUACAAUGAAAAAUCAUCAUUUCAAUUCAUGAGAAAAGGAAAAGUUGGAGGAUAUAAGGAAGAAAUGUCAUCUAGUUUUAUAGAAAGGAUAAAUUCAAAGACCAAAGAAUUGUUUCAACCAUAUGGUCUUAAUUUAUAUUAUAGUGAUUCAUACAAAAUAUAA